AUGUCAAUAAGGAAAAGUCACUUAUCUAAAGAAGAAAUUAUUAAACAAUUUGAUCUCCCUGAAAGGAAAUCUAAAAUAGCAACUCUUUUAAAACAAGAUGAACAAGCUUAUUGUAUUUGCAGAUCUUCAGAUUCUUCUAGAUUUAUGAUUGGAUGUGAUGCUUGUGAAGAAUGGUAUCAUGGAGAUUGUAUUAACAUUACUGAAAGCGAAGCAAAACAUAUAAAACAAUUUUUUUGUAUACGAUGUAGAGAGGAGGAUCCUUCACUAAUUACUAGGUAUAAAGUUCAAAAAACUGAAGCUGAAAAAUUAGAGUACCAAAAAAAAAGAGAAAAAGACAAAUUAAAAAAAAAAGAAAAAAAAUUAACAUCUAGAAGAUGUGGAGAAUGUGUUAAUUGUUUAAGAAAAAGUGAUUGUGGUAAAUGCAAUGGCUGUACAAAUAUUUACAAACAAAAAUGCUUAUUCAGAAUUUGUGCCAAUAGGGAAAGAAAUAAAGCUAACGAAAAUAAGGAUUCUAAAUUUAAACGUCAGAAAACAAAAUUAAAACAAAAAGAAUUUAUUACAAAAUCUAAAAGAGGAAGAAAAAGAAAGGACUCUGAAUCGUCUAAUGAUAUGACUGUAAUAGAUACUCCAAGGCAGUGUUAUGGACCCAUGUGUACAAAGCCUAGUCGACCAGGAAGUAAAUAUUGUUCGGAUACUUGCGGCUUAAAAUUGGCAACCAAUAGAAUUUAUCAGGUGUUACCACAAAGAAUCCAAGAAUGGUCAUUGUGUCACUGUAUUGCAGAAGAAAAUAACAAAAAAGCUCUUGAAACAGUUCGAAAACAACAAUUGGAAGUUAGACGAAUUCUACAUGAAUUAGAUAAAAGGCAUCUUGAGUUAGAUGCUGUGAUAGCUCGUGGUAAGCAAUGCAAAGUAGAAGAAUCUGAAGAUAAGCUAGAAGAUGAAGAGUCAGAAAUAGAAACUUCAAUGUAUUGUAUCACAUGUGGACAUGAAAUUCACUCAAGAACUGCCAUUAGACAUAUGGAUAAAUGUUUUAAUAAAUAUGAAAGUCAAGCUUCGUUUGGUAGUAUAUACAAAACUAGAAUACAAGGAAAUAAUAUGUUCUGUGAUUUUUAUAAUGCUGCCAAUAAAACUUAUUGUAAAAGACUAAAAGUUCUUUGUCCAGAGCAUGGAAAAGAACCUAAAGCAGCUCCAACAGAAGUUUGUGGUUGUCCAUUAGUUACAAAUGUUUUUGACUUAACUGGAGAAUAUUGUCGAGCUUCCAAACGAAAUUGUGUUAAACAUUAUGCCUGGGAAAAACUAAGAAGAGCGGAAAUAGAUAUGGAAAGAGUUCGUCAAUGGUUGAAAAUAGAUGAACUCGUUGAAAAAGAACGUCAGUUGAGGUACGAAUUAGCCACUCGAGCUGGUGUCCUCGCUCUCAUGCUUCAUUCGACUUAUAAUCAUGACCUUAUGGAACAAUUAGCGGCUGCUCAACAUCAAAAAAAACAUUCGAAAUCGGGAUAA